AUGGCCGCAGAUAAGCCACCUGAGAAACGCACCAGCACCACCCGAAGCCGUAAUGGCUGUGUUGGAUGUCGUUCCAAACGUAUCCGCUGCGAUGAGAAACAGCCAUCCUGUCGCAAUUGUGUGAUCAAAAAGUUACCUUGUUCAUAUGUGCCAACUAUCCCCCUUCGCGAACGUAGGGCUGCUGCACGCCCCGGAGAGCAAACUCCAUGGGUUAUCCAGAAAUCCACAACCUUGUCACCUGCCAGGAUGUUUACAAGGCCAGGUUCUGACUUCCUUGAUCCCUUCGAUGUUUUACCAAUCAAGAUGCCACUAAAGUCCAAGGAGCUUCUCCACUACUUCUUACAAUCUGGUGCUACUAUUGGACCCUUGCCAGUAAGCCCAAACGAUUGUGUCACCUCAGCUACCAGCAAUCCCGAAGUUCUGCAAAACACAAUGCUGGUAUCAGCUCUCCAUUAUGCAUGGAAUAAAGGAGAUCUUGCUGUUUUUGAACCAACCUUUCUGUUCCACAAGAUCGAGAGCAUAAAGCAAGUGAAUACUUGGCUAACCUCUUCUUCUCGCGCAAAAGAGGUCCUCCGAUGUGCAAAAUACAUCAGCACUCUUUGCUUCGUCGAGUGUUGUCUUGGUAAUUUUGCAGUUGCAGAAUCCCACCUGAACGGUCUGACUACCUACUUGUCCACCAAGGAUCGGGAGUCCCUCCGUCAAGGAUGUCAGUUUGACGUUGACUUGGAGCUUACAGAUCGUUAUCUCAUAAUAGCCAGCAACAUGAUACAUAGCACCAAAAGCCGCUUAGCCGAGGUUGUCCCUCCCGAAGUCAUAUCGCAACAGGCAGACACGGAAAUGGAAGUACCAGAACUGAGUCGGAUGAUCCACAGACUGCAUCUUAAUGAGGCCAAUGGUCCUGAACUACGUCUCAGAGCUUUCCGUAUGGUGCCUUUUUUCUUCGGGUCCAUUCCACCAGGGCGUGCUCCCAAAGAUGUAGAUAUGUUCCCAGCCAUUUCUGUUCUUCGACCGAUCACACAACUCGCAAUGCCGACAAAGUCAAUUGAACGAAGUGAUGCAGACAUCACUAUGCCUUGGAAUGUUUGGAAUAGCGGGCUUCCUUCGAAGCUGCUUUACACAGUCAUCACAGCGCACCUCCAAUCGUUCUCAAACAAGAUACCACUACCCACCCCUGGCGAGCCAGUCUACGUGUCCGCAUGGUCUGGGUUCUGCUCUGCUGUCGACUUUUAUCUGACCACUGUUCUUGGAGUCUGCAAUCAAGGCCUUCCCCCAGAGAGACGACUGCAUUAUCUCAAAAUCGACAUUCUUAAACGGGACUUGCAAAAGGGACCGUCGUUAUUCGAGAGCAUGAAUAAAGAGUCACGCAACUUGUGGUUUUGGAAGGCAUACGUGGAAUGGCGCUUUGUGACAUUGCGAACAUAG